UAUUCGCAGAAACUGUAAUUUUGAUCUACUAUCUUAAAUAUGUAGGAAAAGUUCUCUCCGGGCAGAGCGGAACUACGUUUGGACCGGAGGAGGCAUUUACUUGUUGCACGUCAUUCCGGAAGUGACGCGUGUUUGGACGAUGUGAGGCAGUUAGCAGGAACUUUUCUGCGGCUCGCAGGUAAGAUGUCUCAGGUGAAGCAGCUGCUGGACCGAGCUUCCACUCUCUACCAGCAGUACACCGAGUAUGUGCGGCGGAACCCGGCGGCGGCCGCGCAGCUGGAGGGCGCUGUGCGCACCAUGUCCUACCUCCUGGCAGGGCGGUUCUCGGACUCGCACGUCAUCUCCGAGCUUGUGUACUCCGCUUCUAACCUGCUGGUUCUGCUGAACGACACCAUCCUGAGGAAACACCUGAGACCGGUCCUGAAGGUGUCUGUCACGCAGCAGAAGCUGGUCACGUGGUUGUCAGUGCUGGAGCACCUGGAGGUCUUCAUGGAGCUGGGAGCCUGGAGACUGUGGGGGGACGCCGGCCGCUGGGUUGUCAUCGCGGUCAUCCAUGUUCUGAAGGCAGUGCUGCGCCUCGUUCUUCUUCUGUGGUUCAAGUCGGGUCUCCAAACGACUCCUCCCAUCACCCCGCUGGACAGAGGGGCGGAGGUCAAAGGAUCAGAGCAGCAAGACUUCUUCAGGGGUGAAAGGUCGGGACGUGUGAUGCGGCCCCUCGGCAGCGUGCCUCCGUCUCAGCCGCGGGUCUGGUCCAACCCCGCUGAGCAGGCGAAGAAGGUCUGCAGGGAGGAGCUGGACGGGAAAGCAACCCCGCUGCUUGUGAGGGAGUUGAUGGCCGAGGCUGCUUACAUCGCACGUCCACUGCUCCACCUGGUCCUCCUGGGCGUCUGCGGGAGGCGCUCCUGGACUCCCUGGUUCACCUCCGGACUCCUCGAGGUCUCCAGCCUGGCUGUUCUCCGGGAAAAGAAGUUCCUCCGCCGCUGGGAGAAAUCCGAGCUGAGGAGGCGGAGCUUCAUGCUGCUCUACUACCUGCUGCGGUCGCCGUUCUAUGAGAGGGUUUCUCAAGAGAAGAUCGUCUUCCUGCUCAACCUGCUGGGAGACAACGUUCCGGGUCUGGGGCUGGUGUCACGUCCUCUGGUGGAGUACCUGCCCUUCUGGCAGAAGGUCUACUUCUACACCUGGUCAUGACUCUUUUCUACUGGAGGAGCGGCAUUUGGGAUCAAUACAGUUUGUUUACUUUGCUCACUGAACGGUCUCCUCCUGUCCUGUCCUUGUUGGAUAGUUUUAACAGUUCCAGAGCUGCUGGUUUGGUGACCACAGAGCCAGAGACACAGUCAGGUCUUCACGAGUCAGCAGAUGUUUUUAUUGUCAUAAUCUUUAAAUUAAAAGCUUUUACAUGCUGCAGGUUUGUAUUUCACAAUGGAACAAAAAAAUGAGUUCAGAGAAAAUAAACAUUUGAAAAUCUGAAGGACCAAAAAAAAAAAAAAAGUAAAUAUGGACAAACUAAGAUUUUUCCUCUCGGUCGUCUCGUCUGCUCCCCCUGCUGGUCAGUAAGCGCCAUAACGGUCCUACAAACCGAACGUAUUUUUAGUUAAAGUCUGCACUCAGCUCCUGCUGUCACGACUGUGCAGCGACUCACCUGGAUUGUGUUCAUGACCCCGUUGGCGAGGACGGCCAUCCUGCCCGCCACGGUCUUCACGCCCUGUUUGAACUGUGCGAUGUCUGGAGCAGAAGGAAGGACGCUGUCCAGGCCUGAGGAGCGGCCUGCAGGUGUCAGGGGGGGGCAGAGUCAACGCCUGGUCCUUUAGUUCCUCCACCCUCCCUCCAGUCCGUUGCCAACCCCUAAUACAUCUCUAUGGUAACGGUGGCCCUCAUUUACAGUGACGUAACUUUCAACACGGCUGCUUUUGAAAUAUAAAUAAAGAUUCUUGU